AUUUCUUAAAAUACAACUGGACUUAAGAGACGGACAUAUGUUUUGGGAUAUCAAGAAUUGAUUUGCAUUUCCUUAUCAUAAUAACGUGACAUAAUACGGUUCCAUAGCGAAAUAAUUUCAACAACAUGAAAGACAAAAUCCUCGGAAUUUCGGAGGCUGGUCUGGUUGGGAAGCGUUUUCAGCCGGCUAAAAGGUCACCUCAGUAUAUCGCCAGUUUGUCAGCAACUUUGGGAGCCUUAGCAGCGGGAAUGGUCUUAGCAUGGACUUCUUCGGCUGGUACUGAUGGAAAGAAUUUACAAUACCUACACGGCUUUGAAAUUUCUGUAGAUCAGUUUUCAUGGCUUAGCUCGCUAACCAUGCUCGGUGCUGGAGCAAUGUGUCUACCAAUUGGAUUUAUUAUUGAUUUAAUAGGAAGAAAGAGUGCAAUGUUGUUGAUGGUGGUUCCCUUCACCGUAGGUUGGCUACUUAUAAUUUUCGCCAAAUCUGUACUUAUGUUUUAUCUUGGAAGAUUCAUCACUGGUGCCGCAUCCGGUGCAUUCUGCAUAGCUGCACCAAUAUACACGGCAGAAAUAUCUGAAAGUGCAAUUCGUGGAAGUGUUGGAACUUACUUUCAAUUGCUUCUUUCGGUCGGUAUCUCAUUAUCGUAUACACUUGGAUACUUUGUAAACAUAUUUACAUUGUCUGUUAUAUCUGCCAUCGUACCAUUAAUCUUUUUCACGGUUUUCAUGUUCAUGCCUGAAUCACCGAUAUAUUAUUUGCAAAAAAACAACGUGAAUGGUGCUAGAAAAAGUUACAUUAAAUUAUAUGGUGCUCAAUACGAUAUUGAAGGAGAAUUAGAAAGACAAAGGAAUAUUAUAGAAGAAACACGAAGGAAUAAAGUUUUCUUUUCGACCAUGAUCAAAUCUAAAAUAACUUUAAAGGGUUUCGUAAUUGCUUAUGGUCUGAUGUUUUUUCAACAGUUCAGUGGCGUGAAUACUAUCGUGUUUUAUGCUACUCAAAUCUUUGCUGCAGGUGACAUUAGUAUUCCAGCUGGCGCCUGUACUAUUAUUCUCGCUGUAAUUCAAAUACUAAUGUGUUUAAUAAGUAGUUUAGUUGUAGAUCGCGUGGGUAGAAGAGCAUUACUAUUAUCAUCAAUAAUAUUUUUGUGCUUAACAACUUGUGCUCUUGGAUUUUACUAUCAUUAUUAUUCGGGUAUUCAAGUAGAUGCUAUUCCAGUUGCGUGGCUGCCUUUAGUAUGUGUAUGUUUAUUUAGUAUUAUGUUUUCUCUGGGUUUCGGUCCUGUUCCUUGGUUGAUGUUAGGUGAAAUUUUUGCACCAAACGUGAAAGGUGCAGCUGCGAGUAGCGCUGGCUUUUUAAGUUGGGCAUUGGCCUUCCUUGUAACUAAAUUGUAUGGUCUAAUAAAUAUCGGUGUUUCAUUUUGGAUGUUUUCUGGAAUAUCUGCAAUUGGAAUCAUCUUUGUAUACGUAAUAGUUCCUGAGACCAAAGGUAAACGUUUGGAAGAUGUUCUGAAAGAUUUAUAA